AUGUCGCUUACCACCGCUGAGAUAACUGUUGAAGUAAAACCACCUACGCUCCGCAAUGAGAUUGACAGCUAUCUGAUUCAACUGAAUGGAGACAAAACCUAUAAGUGCAUCCCGAAAUCUCUGGAUAAUCCAGUUUGUGAGGUACCAGGCUUGGAAGCAGGUACAGAGUACAACGCUUCUGUUAAAUCCUGCAUUAAUGAGGCGCCAGAAGAUUUUUGCAGCGAGGACGUGAAGGGAUCUACCUGGACAAAACCAAACCCACCGCAAUCUGUGACGGUGGUGGCAGAAUCCACGGAUUCUGUGGUGAUUCAUUUUAAAGCACCUACAGUUGAAACGGGGAUUACCGAUUACGAGGUUUUGUUGGAGGGACGAGACGAAAAACCAAACUGCAAAAAACCUUCCCCGAAAGACUAUGAGUGUCCUGUGCCAGGAGAUAAAUUGAUGAAACUCUGCGAAAUACUAUUGCCGGGUACGCUCAGUUGUCUGAUAGAAGACUUGAAACCUGGUACAGAGUACACCGCUACAGUCAAAGCCUGUAUAACCGGUACAGACCCAGCCAUCUGUAAUGGAGAAAUUAAGGGAUCUAACUACACAAGACCAAACACACCGCAAUCUGUUACGGUGGUGGGAGAAUCCACGACAUCAUUGGUGGUUAAUUUCAAAGCACCUGUAGACAACACGGGCAUUACUUAUUAUGAGUUGAUUUUGGAUGAAAACCCACCUGAAAAAAUCGAUUCUACGCAGAAGCUUCCCCAUAAAAUACAAGGCCUGGAAGCAGGAACACAGUAUAUCGUUAAAGUAAGAGCCUGUAUUGGCACAGCAAAUCCCGUUGUCUAUAGUGAAGAUGCAGACAUGCCUGGGUGGACGAAACCCGAUGCUCCAAACAAUGUGAAGGUUGAAAAAAUUUAUUCCCGGAGUUUCUUUGUCACCUGGUCAAAGCCAGAUGGCAAUAAAGACAUUAAGUUCUUUCAAGCAAUGGCAAAGGAAAUGGUUGGAGAAGCCGCUCCCAUAGACGAACACAUGUGUCGCGUUGAGUUCCCGUCCAGUAAUUUGCAGUGUUCGGUUGAUGGCCUUAGUCCCACUACAAACUACUCCAUUUCCGUGAGAGCAUGCAUGCCAGAUGGUACAUGUGGAGCUGAAGCUGGCUCUACCUAUGUAACUACUUGCCAGGAUUGUCCGAAUUACGCGCUUAUUAUCAGUUUGCUUGUGGUUUUCUUUGUUAUCAUCAUCGUCAUCAUUUUGGUUUUCGUGUUGUGCAAAAGGCGACAGUGGCGCAGCAAUGCUGAAAAUUACGACAAGAACGAUUUUCCAUCUGAUCUGAAAACCAUAGUUGACGUGAAGAAAAACUAG